AUGCAGCUCCCAGCAAGUUUCGCUGCUUCCUGGGAGUCGACGCUGAUCGACGUUGGUGACCAGAGGCGGGCCCAGAUGAUAGCCGAAAACGGCACCGAGGCGGUGCGCAUCGCCUUCGGCCUUGCGGCGGACGCCCCGAAGGCCAAGGUGAAGUGCCGCGGCGACGUGGGCCUGCAGUUCGUGCCCCGCGUGCUGCUGCUGAUGAGCGUUCUUUCGAUGCUGGCGGUCAGGAGCGCGGUCCUGGUCUCUUGUCCUGGCCUGUUGGCAUUCCUGCUGCAUGGGUCUCUUCGCCCGCGCUUCAGGACCCUCUUCAACGCCGCGCUCACGAUGUUCACACUGGCGGUGACCGCUGGUGCGAGGGCCGCGGAACGCAGCGCGGUCAGACACUUCGCGGCGCUGUGCCGCGACGCUUUUGCGGUGGACGGGCACGGGGCUGCGGUGGGAAGGACAGUCAAGAAGUGGUGGAGCGCCCUGGACGCCCCUGCGGGCACCCGCGGCUGCGGCGAGUUGCGCCGCCGCUUCCCGGACCACUGGGAGCUCACCGGCGACGCGCCCCUGGGCCAGGGCUCGGUCGGCGACGUGGAGCUGGCGCGCCCCGUGGGCGGGGGCGCGCCGUGUGCCGUCAAGGUGAUCUCCAAGAUCCACUGCGCGCGGGAUGCGGCGAUCCACGAGGCCGAGAUCAUGAGGCCGCUGCGGCAUCCCGCGGUCUGCCGGCUCGUGGACACGUGCGAGGACUCCAGGAACGUGUACUUGGUCCUGGAGCACAUAGACGGCCAUGAGCUCUUUGAGGAGAUCGAGUCCAUCAGCGGCAGCGCGAACGAGGUGCGCGCCGCACAGAUCAUGCGCCAGGCGACGGCCGUCCUCCGGGCCCAGCGCGAGGGCGCGUCGAUGGCUGGGUCGGCCCACGGGACGCGUUUGGCCGCGGCCUCGGGUUUGCGAUCGGGGGCCGCCGCCUCACGCGUGGCAGGGCGAGGCCGCAGCGUGAACGCACGGCGGCGCUAUGGCAGCGGGAGCAGCAGCCCCUCGGCGCGGCGCCGCAAGAGCGGCCGCCAAGGCCCGGCCUUCCUGGGCGCGUGCGGCGGCCCCGGCGCGCUCGACCCCGGCUGGAUGGCCGCCGCGGCCUCGGGCGGGUGA